CCAAGCAACAUGUUCUUCCUCUGUCUUCCCAACCCAAUCCUUUACCCUCUUUCCCUGUCGCUUUCUCCUAUUUCUAUGCAACUUUUCACUGUUUAAGGAGAUUUGACUUCCAAAUAAAAGAUUAGAGCCGAGGAGAGAAACUCCAGACGAUAAACAAUGAUGCAACGGAGCGAGGACGCUCCGUUGGACGAGUUCACUGCUGAUGAGAUUGAGGCCGCCGACAUCCUGUUCCAUCUCCCUCAACUAUUCUUUGAAUCCGAGAGUUGCCUCAGAUUUCCUUCAUGGGGCGCCAGAAGAAAGAGAUCUCUGGGGGUUCCGAUUCAGUCUUUCCUUUGUUUUGGUUUGGUGUUGUCGCCCGACUCGCCCUCAUCUGAGUUUCGUCGCGAGACUGAGGUUGGUGCUGUGGUUCCUAAAUGUCAGAAGAAAGGUCAACCGGCAGUCAAGGCCGAGGCUUCAAGCCCUGCGACCCCUCUUGCGUUCAUGCGCAGCAGCGAGUCUGAAGAGAAGCCGGAGCAGUCCUUGAAAAGAAAAGUACUGCGUCCUAAGAGGAAAAGAGAGGAUUGGCUGGAGAUUAUCGAUGAGUUAACUCAACACAGGGAUUCGCUAAACGAGGAGAGAAAAUAUCUGAGGCUGCAUUGCACCCACUUGAGAGCUUCCAAUUUGGAGAUGAAGGCAAAGUUAAGUCUGGGACCCAUUUCGAAGACCGUCGAUUCUCUCGGUACUGAAAAUCAAGACAAGGAUCGGACGGUGAGAAUGCACUCCACGUUGUCAUCUAGCCGUGGACUUGGCUUGGUUAACAACAAUGUUGAUCCAUCUCCUCUUCCCGAUCUCAACCUAUCUUUAGAGGAGACGUUUGCGAUUGACUCAUCCGGACCGUUUGAUCUAAACCCGAUCAACGGGAAAUUCAGUAGGGUUGUGGCAGCUCAAGCCAGACAGAGAAGGAUGCAGAUCUACAGGGCCAAGAAACUCCGUUGCCGCUAAUAAAAGUAAACUACUCGAAUAGAUGAUAGAUUUUUGUCUUUUUUGGUAUGAGAAUUGGGAUGUAACGUUUUAGUUAA